AUGGACAUAAAUAGAUCAGAAGAAGCAUUCGACAAUCGCGAUUUACGAUUGACUGAUAUUGCCAAAGAACCAUUGAAAUUUUUAGCACCUAUUCGUCGAUAUGAAUAUAAGCCGCUUGUCUCUCUAGAACAGGCCGUCGAACCACUUGCUUCUCUUCUACCAUCUAUCCAAAACUAUGCUUCUUUAGCCAAACAGAGAUGUGGUGAACCGGCUGAUGGUUUAACACAAAAUGAAUCAGCUGCUAUCAUGCUUUAUUCAAUGGGAUGGGAACCACUCGAUCAAUGUCUGUAUGUCGCUUUGAAUGCAGCUCUACGCUCACCGAAAAGACGAAAUCUCAAGCCAUGGCUUCUCUUUCUCAAACUCUUCAUCAGCGCACUUUCUCGUCUUCCAUCAAUUCCAAGUCAAAUAGUUUAUCGAGGAGUCAAGAUUGAUUUGCAUGAAAAAUAUAAGAAAGGAAAAACAGUAACUUGGUGGGGCUUCUCAUCAUGUACUACUUUAAGAGAAGUUUUAGAAGCUGAACAAGUUUUGGGCAAAACGGGUCCUAGAACAAUAUUUACGAUGGAAUGUUUUUCAAGUAAAGAUAUUCGAAGACAUUGUUAUAAUCAAUCACAUGAUGAAGUACUUCUUCUGGCUGGAACUGUAUUCAAUGUUGCUGGAUGUGUUAGUCAUGGAUUUGGUCUGCAUGAGAUUCGACUUCAAGAAACUCAACCGCCAUUUCCUUUUCUACGAGUGUUUCCACGUAUAGUUUUAGAGAAGAAAACAAUUGCUUGUUAUGAAGAAUCAAAACCAACCGCAAUGGUCGUUCAAGCGCGUCCUUUUGAUACUUUCGUAAUUAAGACCAGUGACCCUGAUGAUGAAAAAGAUUAA